UCAAAAGCAAGGUUAUUUGGGGCGGCAUAGUUAAAGGUAAUUUGAAGAGAUAAUACUAUGGAAGAUGAAUUAUUUCUUGAAGCUCAAGCUCAUAUUUGGAAUCACACAUUGAAAUACAUUAACUCCAUGUCUUUGAAAUGUGUUGUUGAGUUAGGCAUACCAGACAUUAUCCACAACCAUGGCCAACCCAUGAGCCUUUCUCAAUUAGUUGAAGCACUCCAUAUUCAUCCCUCCAAAUCUCAACCCCUUGCCCGCCUUAUGCGUCUCCUCGUUCAUUCCGGUUUCUUUUCUCAAACUCAACAACAACUAGUAACAAAGUACGGUCUCACACCGUCCUCUCGAUUACUCCUCCGGCGCAACACGACGACAACAACGACAAUCGAAACCUUACCAUUUUUGGUUCUAAUACUCCAUCAAGCUAUGAUGGCUCCAUGGGAAAGCAUGAGCAGCUGGUUGCGUAGUGAAGAGUAUGGGUCGGCCUUUGAAAUGGUGAAUGGGAAGUCAGUAUGGAAGUAUAUUGGGGAUGAGCCUGAUUUUGGGAGUUUGUUCUAUCAGACAUUGGUGUAUGAUUCUCAACUGAUUGGGAAACUUGUGAAGAGGCCGGAGUGUCGAGAGGUGUUUGAUGGGGUGAAGUCUAUGGUUGAUGUUGGAGGUGGUGAAGGCAUUGUGGCUAAAGCCAUUGAGGAAGCCUUCCCACAUAUCAAUUGUAUUGUGCUUGAUCUUCCCUACCAAACCACAAAAGAUUUGAACGUCAUUGGAGGAGGAAAUUUGUUUGAACCAAUACAAAUUCCACCAACCGAUGCAGUCUUACUCGUGUCAGUUCUACACAAGUACAACGAUGAAGAAAUCAUAAGGAUACUGAAGAAUUGCAAAGAUGCAAUUACUAAUAGUAAUGAAGGUGGGAAAGUGAUAAUCAUAGAGGCAGUGCUGGAAAAGGAAAAGCAAAUGGAACAUAAAGAAUCAAUUGAAACAGAGCUUUGUGGUGAUGUGUUGAUGAUGGCUACUUUUAACACUACAAAGAGGAAUGAGAAAGAAUGGAAGACUCUCUUCUUAGCAGCUGGUUUUAGUCACCAUAAGAUAACUUCUUUCUUGGGUUUAAGGUCUCUUAUUCAACUCUACCCUUGAUUUCAUCCUUUAUCUAUAACUUCAACAUGUAUUGCAGUUCCAAUAAAUGCUAAUAUGCAUGCCCUUGUUUAAGUUAAUAAUACUUCAUCAGCCAUAAUAAAAGAUUGUCAAAUAAAGAAUCAAA